AUGCCCCAGUCCGAUUCCUCUCUUAGUCUUCAAGGCAAAGUAGCUCUUGUUACUGGAUCAGGCAAAACGAGAGGCAUCGGCGCGGCCAUUGCCACUCUUCUAGCUCAUCAUGGUGCAGCGGUCAUUCUCAACUAUGUCUCGCUGUCCACGGCUCCUUCCGCUGCCACCGUGGUGGAGAGCAUCACCGCCGCGGGCGGACAGGCCCUAGCUGUCCAGGCUGACAUCUCCCGGCCUGACGGAGCGCAGAAAGUUGUUCAAGAGGCUAUUGAUGCUUUUGGAAGGCUUGAUAUCCUAGUCAACAACGCCGCUACUGGCACCCCGGGCCCGGUACUCAGCGCUGCCCCCGAAGCUCUAGCUACCACCUUCGCCGUCAACGUCUUUGGUCCAAUCUACGUCAUGCAGGAAGCAGUGAAACACAUGCCGCCACGAAGUCGGGUCAUCAACAUCGGUUCGGUGGCGUCCAAGUUGGGUAUCUCGGGAUCGUCAGUCUAUAGUGCUUCAAAGGCGGCGAUGGAUGCGCUGACGUUUUCCCUUGCGAUGGAGCUUGGUCGCAAUCAUGGCGGCAUCACCAUCAACACAGUUUCUCCAGGUCCGGUAGAUACAGAUGGUCUGCCGCCGCAGGUGGCAGAAAGGAUUAACAAGACAUUGGUUCCCAUGAGCCGAGUCGAGGAGCGAUUGGGAACCGUGCAGGAUAUUGCGGAUGCAGUACUGUUGUUGUGCUCGGAAAAGAGUCGCUGGAUCUCCGGACAGGUCAUUUCCGUCAGUGGUGGAAUUGUAGGUGGCUAA